AUGUCAAAUCAAUCUGGGAUUGUUGCAGAGCAAGAGCUGCUGAAUAUCUUGUCCCAAUCGAUCGAGAGUCAAGAAAGCUUUGUGAUUGUUACCAGUGAAAUUUCCAACGAUUCGACGGUGGUCGAAUUUAAAAAUGAAUUCGAUUCGAUCGAAGAACUACAAAAGCAUUUAACAACAAAAUAUCCUCUGUAUGUUUUUGUGAAAAACGGUAAUUCUUUUUAUGAUUUUAUUUCCUAUGUUCCUGACCAAUGUCCUGUUCGUGCCAAAAUGCUCUAUGCUUCAACAAAAAAUACCCUUGUUAGACAAGUGGGAACAAAUAAUAUUAGGAAGCAAUUAAUGUACAGUGAACCAGAAGAAUUUGGCAAACAUUUUGAAGAAGAAGCAGUGGGUAUGUAUGAAAAGAAUAGCUCCUUACUUACAGACUCUGAAAGAGCGGUUUUUGAGAUCGAAGAACAACAACGCCUAAUGAAAAAAUCUCGGGGCCAUAAACUUGUUUCUCAAACCAAUGGGGUUACGGCUACUCUUACCUUCAAUGUUGAAACGCAUGGAGCAUCCAUUGGUGAUGUUUUAGAGGAAUCGAACGUUAUUAUCUUCGGUAUUGACCUGGCAAAUGAGGAGGUCGAUAUUAUUAAACAUUCUCAUGUAUCUUCUCCAAAAGAGUUAGAGCUCGAGGUAUCUCAACCUAGCUACACAAUUUAUAGGAAUAGGAGUUUAAAUUAUUUUAUCUACAGCUGUCCAUCUGGAAGUAAGGUAAAAGAACGUAUGGUGUAUGCAUCCAAUAGAUCUGGUUUUAUUAAAUAUCUACAAGAGGUCGAGGGGAUUACGUUCGUAAAAAUAAUCGAGAUUGGCGACCCCGAUGAGCUAGAACUAUCACUUUUGACAAAUAAUAAAGACGAGAUUGAAAGUGAAAAUCCUACAACAACUAGAUCAAAGUUCGAUCGGCCAAAAGGCCCAAGCAGAAAGAAGAGGAUUUAG